AUCUUCGUUGCUUCGCACGAGGUGUAGAGAGAUUGCGCGCGUCGCUACUUCGGCUCCCUUCGUGGCUGUUCGACUUCGCUCCUUCGACGACUUUACCUUCCUGUCGGGUUGGAAGUUACGACAUUUUGAUCGGAAGCAACAACGGGAGCUUGCUGGCUGUGAAGGUUCUCCUUUUCGCGCGCUUCUUCGGCGACUGUUGAGCUUCGGCGAUACAGGCGCCGCGGGUCUCGCAACUCAAAAACCAGAGUAAUUUACCAAGCAGCCUUCUACUUCAGCGUUGGCUCGGAGAUGGAUGACGAGGAUGUAGAGAAAGCGCUGUUCGCUUAUUUAAAAAAGAAGGGUUUUUGGCAGACGGAGCGAGCCCUGCAUGAGGAGCAGAGUAGGCUUUCCUCUGCUCCGCAGUCGGAAACUGCCCUUUCCCGCUCAGAAAGGGGUCCAGCACUGUACCAUGAUGGUUAUAGCAAGCUCAGGUCAUGGGCAUAUGGUUCAUUGGAUUUAUACAAGCAUGAGCUUCUGCGGGUACUGUAUCCAGUUUUUAUACAUUGCUUUAUGGACCUUGUGGCAGACGGCCACAUGCAAGAGGCUCGAGCAUUUUUUCAAACUUUUCGUGAGGACCAUGAAUUGAUGCAUCUAAGGGAUCUACAAAAGUUAGAGGGGAUACUCUCUCCAUCACAUUUGGAGGAUAUGGAUUUGGCUAGAUCUUUGAGACAUAGCAAAGUUAGCAUAAAAUUGUGUGAGUACUCGUACAAUCUGCUUUUGCAAUACCUUCAGAAGGCUCAGUCUUUUACCAUGCUUGAAGUAAUCAAUGAGCAUAUCAACUUUGAAGUAUCAUCAGUCCAACCCGUCUCAAUUUCUGAUGACUCGGAUGUUAUAGCUCUUGUGGGAAACAGCCAGGAUUUAGCAAAGCAAGUAAAUCGGAAGGAAGUUCGUUGGGGCCAGUUACUAGAAGAUACUGUUGAAGAACGAUUAGAGAAGACAUUAUCAGAUUCAGAGAAAGUUGAAGGUGAAAACAAAGACAUGGAUCUGGAUGAUAAUAAAAAAAGGUCUGCAGAUGUAGGAAAGCAAGUUGCUGCUUCCAAAAAGCUUAAGAAGGACAAGGUUAUUGGUGCAGUGGGUAAAGGUGUCCGUUCUGAGACUAGUACUGUUUCGUUGGCUCCAAGAGUAAAACCAGAACUCACUUUACCCAUAAUGCCAAGUGAAGUGGAGCAGUCUAUUCUAGAUGACCUAAGAAAUCGUGUGCAAUUGAGCAGCUUGGCGUUGCCAUCUGUAAGCUUCUAUACCUUCAUCAACACACAUAAUGGAUUGAACUGUGCGUCCAUUUCUUCUGAUGGCUCAUUGGUUGCUGGUGGAUUUUCUGACUCGUCUUUAAAGGUAUGGGACAUGUCAAAAAUUGGUCAGCCUGCUAAAACAGUCUCGAUGCAGGGAGAAAAUGAAUCUUCUCAAAAUGAGAUCUUCUUAGGGUCUGAUGAGGGUAAAAGAUCUUACACAUUGUUCCAGGGUCAUUCAGGACCAGUUUAUUCUUCUUCAUUUUGUCCUACAGGAGAGUUUCUCUUGUCUUCUUCUGCUGACUCAACAAUUCGACUAUGGAGUACCAGGUUGAAUGCAAAUCUGGUCUGCUACAAAGGUCACAAUUACCCUGUGUGGGAUAUUCAGUUUGGUCCAUUUGGUCACUACUUUGUCAGUGCUUCCCAUGACCGAACUGCUAGGAUUUGGUCAAUGGAGAGAAUUCAACCGUUGAGAAUAAUGGCUGGGCAUCUUUCUGAUGUUGAUUGUGUUCAAUGGCAUGCGAAUUGUAACUACAUUGCUACCGGUUCAAGUGACAAAACAGUCAGAUUAUGGGAUGUCCAAACAGGAGAAAGUGUUCGCAUAUUUAUUGGUCAUAGAAGCAUGAUACUGUCAUUAGCAAUGUCUCCUGAUGGACGGUAUAUGGCUUCUGGUGAUGAAGAUGGUACUAUUAUGAUGUGGGAUCUUUCCACAGGGCGGUGUGUAUCUCCGCUAAUGGGUCAUAACUCUUGCGUGUGGACUCUGGCUUUUAGCGGCGAAGGAACAGUUCUUGCUUCUGGAUCUGCUGAUGGCACUGUUAAGUUAUGGGACGUCACUUCCAGCAACAAGACAACAAAGAUGGAUGACAACAAAGGUAGCAGUGGUAACAGACUCAGAUUACUGAAAGCUUUUCCAACAAAAUCAACCCCAGUAUAUACAUUGCAGUUCUCCCGGAGGAAUCUGUUAUUUGCAGCUGGUGCAUUUUCGAUAAGCGGCUGAAAGUUGGAGCAGGAAGCAUCACUGCCUUGCCUUAAGAAAUCAAAAAAGUUGGCCAUCUCCUUUUAGCUUCCUCUCACCAACUGUUCAUCCACGAUGUUUUUUUUUUCUUCUCUUCUCUCUCUCUUUUUUUUUUUUUUCAAUAGCAAAAUUGUUCUAUGCCCAGCCUGUGUGACUGGAAGUAAUAUUCCCAGCUCAUGCAUAAUUUUAUUUAAAUUAAAUGUAUUUUUAACUAUUUAUGUAGAAGAAAUCAAAGAGCUGUUGUCACUCUCGCUUCCCUUUCGUGGAUCUCAGUUUUUUUUGUAACACUUUAGAUUCAUUUGAAUCCAACAUCAUCGUGAGUUUUGAAA